GAGUUAGCUCGUCUAGGAAUCACAAGAUUUGCCACAAACUUCAUCACAUUGCAGUCCAUGCUUCGUUGUAAGAUGGCCUUGAGACGUAUGAUUGUUGGUGAGGAGUGGUCUUCCUCAUCCUAUGUUGCCACCCCAGCAGGAAAAGAUAUGGCAGACUGCAUUUUUGAUGAGCGAGGCUUUUGGAGCCCUUGUGAUGAGAUAGUGAAGUUUGUUAAGCCCUUGGUGGUUUUGUUGCGAGUUGCGGAUGGAGAAAAGCCCGCAAUGGGCUACAUAUAUGAGGGCAUGGAUAGGGCGAAAGAGGGCAUCAAAUCUAUCUAUGCAGGAGAUGAGAGCAAGUAUGGUCCCAUUUGGCAGAUCAUUGAUAAGAGAUGGCAUCAUCAGCUUCAUAGGCCCAUCCAUGCAGCAGCCUAUUAUUUGAAUCUGGCAUUCCAUUUUAGCCCUACUUUCAGGGCUGAUGCGGAGGUCCUUGAUGGGCUAUACUCAGUCAUGGAGAAGAUGGCACCUGUUGGUUGUACUCAGUCAGAUCUUAUGCGAGAGCUACAAUUGUUCUCAAAUGCACAAGGGGAGACCUUUUCUCGUCCUAUCGCCAAAGAAAGUAGGACAACUAUGAUGCCAGAUAAUUGGUGGAACUUUUUUGGCCCAACGACACCAAAUCUUCAGAAGUUGGCCAUUCGCAUCUUGAGCCAACCAUGCAGUGCAUCUGGUUGUGAGAGCAAUUGGAGUAUGUUUGAGCACAUACACUCCAAGAGGCGCAAUAGAUUAUCCGUGGAGAAGAUGAAUGAUCUUAUCUUUGUUCACUAUAACCUCCGCCUGAGAAUGAGAAAGAAUGCAUUAGCUGACAUCUCUCCUAUCAUUCUAGAUGAGGUUGAUCCUGAGGCAGAGUGGGCCAUUGAGACAGAUCCUGUGGCUGUCUUUAGUGAUGAUGACACUGAUUGGAUCGACCAGGUAGAUAUAGAGGCUGAGGCUGUAGCCAUGGCAGAGGAGGAGCAGAGAGCACGAGCAGAGAGAGGAGAUUCAGAGGCAGAUGGUGAUAGUGACAGAGAUGGUGACAGUGACACAGAUGUUCCUGAUGUUGGUGAGCAUGGCGUGGUGUCACGAGGAGCGGCUAUGGCUGCCCAAUCAUCUAUGACCUACCUUAGACGCCUUCGUAGGGGGGCGGGGCCUUCAUCGGAGCCGACGUCGGGGCCGGAGGUUGCAGACUCCUCUGCGCCAUAGGCUUGUAGAUGUAUUUACCUUUGUUAUUUGUAUGGAACAUUUGAUGAUGAUCAUAUGAUGACAUGGAUUUUUUAUUCCAUGAGUUUUGUAAUAUUGUAUACAUUUGACAAUAUUUAUAUAUCUAUGUUUGUUAUUUCCUUCAGCUACAAUUUGCGUUUAUGCUUAUGUGAUAGAUCAUAGAUGUAUACUUGUGUAUGUAUUAUGUAAUGAAAUGAGCCAAGUUUGAUGAUGUUAUUGUGUCUUAUUCAAUAAAGGGUGCAUGAAACAAGUUUUAAAUCUUAAAAAAUCUCUAAAUUUUUUGAGUUUUUCACUUUCCCGAGUCCAGCCGAGUCUGGAGCCGAGUCUGACGCCGAGU